AAAGACCUUCUCUUCCUCCAGCGUUGUGGGUCCCUCGUCCAAGCGGCUCCAUGCCGUACCUUGGAUGACAAAAGGGCACAUUGAUCUUGCCUCUUUCCAUACUCACUGCGGGCGAUCGCGACCUGCGCUUGAGAUCCCCACAAGAAGCGUUGUAAUCGUCGAUGCACCCUUCUCCCGACGAUGCUCUAACACUUGCCGAUAUAAUGCACGACUCCCCUCCGCGUCCGAGUUCGCCAACCGUUGAAGCACUCCAGGACCAUGAGAUCGCGGAAAUACGCGCCCGCGCUCUGCAACUCGAGAACGAGGCAGUCGGUGCGGCGCGUGAACAAGAGCUGCUCGAUAUGAUUCUCAGGCUGACGGAUCCCUCGCGACUUCGUCCCGAUCCGGCACAACUCGUGAGACAGGCUGAAACUAUCGCUACGCUGGUCCAUGAACGAGAGUAUCUGAUACAGUGGAUUGGGGAGGAGAAGAUGCGAUGGCAGAGCGAACGCGAGGGAUGGGAACGAUCCUCAGAGGCCUUGAUUAUGUUACGAAAUCGUCGCGUCAGUGUAGUGGGACAAGAAUCGGAACUGCAAAGGAUGUGUGAGACUCUGCAGAUGGAAAAGCAAACGUUGGUAGCCAAGCUGGACCAUCUCCAAUCGAGAAUCAAUGCGCUGGAGAGCGAGGUGCUCAAACUAAAGCCCAAUCUUCUGAUGCAGCCAUUCGUUCCAACUUCUGCGGUUGGGUCUGACGGCAUAUCACAACCGCCAUCUUUGCAUGCCCUAGCUCAAUCCUCGUCUUACCUUGCCGCUCUUCCGUACCCUUCGAUGGGCGACACAGUUGCUUCUCGAAAGAAGAGGAUAAUUAUGCGAUUGAAGAGAGCGAUGAACCCGAAUCGUAUAGCGUCGUCGUCCAGUCUCCCUUUGCCCCCGUCGGAUUCGCGUACAAUCAAUGACAUCCCUCGGAGGGCAACCAAUGGUCUUCGAAACAAAACACGACGCAAUCAACCCCCUCUCAUGCUUGCUUCCGACGCCAGAGCGGAACAUCUCUUGCUUGCUGCGAAGCGGAUGGGACGGGAGCGGGCUGGGCUUGCAGUGGGAGUGCUGAGUGCUGAGCGGAAUCGAGCGGAGCGAGAGAAGGCGGCGAGAGAUCACGAGGCAGCUGAGAGAGAGCAAGAGAGAUUAGAGAGAGAGCAGCGGAACCAGGAAGCUGGUGCAGGCUAUUAUCGAGAACGUCCGGUGUCCGGCUCUGGUAGCAAGGGAAAGGAAAAGUCCAAGCAGCUUGAACCCGCGAUCAGCUCGUCGACGAUGAUCACUCGCCGACGCGGUCCCGUGUCCGAGGUUGCCGAUCUUCCCGAACUUAAGCGACGGAAAAGCAAGAACAAGUCAUCCGAAGUCACAGGGCUGACCACUCGCGCAGAUGCGGACUCGGUCUCCGGUAGACGCACUCGUGGCAAGCCGAAAAUCAGAGCCACUCCCGAGCCUCCACUUCCGGACAUUUCAUCUCAGGAGAUUUGGCAGACUGGUCGGGAAAUGGGUGAAGAUGCCGCGCUGGGAGAUGUCGAGGUGGAAGCUGCGGAGGAGAUGACUGUCGGGGCGAACGAGACAUUGCGAGAUAUGGCCCCCGCUACAACUUCGCCCGAGGAACAUGCAGGUGAUGGUCCUCUUGUUUUGAUAUUGGAUCCAUUACGGCCGACGUCUCAAGGCAGAGAAUUGGUCCUUUUGCCUCUCGCGGACGACGAGUAUCUUGACCACGACGCCGAUGGCGAGAGCGAUCCUGAUAUUGAAAUGCCGGACGGAUGUGCGAGGAUGUUGUUUCGCGCGCUCACCUCGCUAGCCCUCCUCUGCGGAGCGUUAGCGCAACAGACGAAGUUUCACCUAUCUUCUGUUGGACAUGAAGAGUUCAAGACACUCUCGAGUGCACGGUUCCCGAAUCAUCGGGUGCGCGUCAAGCAGAGCGCGUUCUGCGAUCCCACCGUCAAUGUGUACACCGGAUACCUCGACGUAGACGAGGGCGCGAAGCAUCUGUUCUUCUACUUCUUCGAAAGCAGACGCGAUCCAGCCAAGGAUGAUGUCCUGAUGUGGAUCAAUGGAGGCCCGGGGUGCAGCUCGUCGAUGGGGUUGCUUAUGGAGCUGGGGCCGUGCAGCAUCGACAUGUCAUCGAAUGGGACGGUCUGGAAUCCGCACUCCUGGAAUUCAUUCGCCAAUAUCUUCUUCCUCGAUCAACCUGUAGGAGUUGGUUUCUCGUAUGCCGAGCACGGCGAAACGAUCGAAACGACUGAGGACGCAGCCAAGAACGUGCACGCGUUUAUCUCGCUCUUCUUCGAGGCCUUUCCGCAGUUUGAAGGUCGGGCGCUGCAUCUGUCAGGAGAAUCCUAUGCUGGCCGCUAUCUUCCUGUAUUUGCGAGCGAGAUAUACGAUCAGAACCGACAAGGGCACUCCAAUAUCAACCUGCAGAGUGUAAUCAUUGGGAAUGGGAUCACCGAUAUCUCAACUUUGUACCCGGGGCGUUAUGAAAUCGAAUGUGGAACUGCAGCAUUGGAAGUACCGUUUCAAUCCAUUGGGACUUGCGUUCGCAUGAAGGCCGCUGUCAGUCUCAUCUCAAACCUGACCCCUGCACCAUCGUCUCUUACAACUUAUCAGCUUCCACGAUGCCAGCAAAGGAUGAAAGAAAGUUGUAUCGACCGUUUCGACGCAAUCGAUUGCCAAGCUGCGGUCAGCUUUUGUGACAACCAGCUCUCCUCUGGGAUGUGGGCAAGCGGGCGGAAUGUGUACGACAUCUCGAAGAUGUGUGUCGGCGACGGACUGUGCUACGAAGAAAACCAGAUCAUCACCAAGUACUUGUCUGACCCCGCGAUUCUGUCCUUGCUGGGUGUCUCGCCGGAUGCUGCCAACUUUUCCUCGUGCUCGAAUACCGUCGGACGUCAAUUCAGCUCCCAUCUCGAUAAAUGGAACUUCCCUACACAACACUACGUGUCUGGUCUGCUCGACCGGGGAAUCCGUGUGCUGAUCUACGCCGGCACGUACGACUGGCAGUGUAAUUGGGUCGCGAACAAACUCUGGGUCGACAAGCUGGAGUGGAGCGGCCAAGCGCAAUAUGCAGCUCUGGAGUGGACCAACUGGGGAACUAACGGCAAGGCAGGCGAAGUGAAGCAGAGCCCAGAUCUCCCCUUGGCGUUCGUAACUGUUCGGGGUGCGGGCCAUAUGAUGAGUCCCGCUUCUAUCUUCUGCUGCAUGUCCAAUACUGAUAUUCCUUUACGUGCCUCAUGA